GCAGUGUACCGUCGCUGCGAGGGUAGAGAGCCCGCGUCUCGCGCUCUCUCCUCACUUCGAACCACGCUCGUGGAUCGAGCUCGCGACACUAUGCCGCGUUCCAUAUAAAUUAAAUAUCCCUUAAAAUAAAUAAAAACAAAAUACCAUUUUAUUAUUCUUCAAUAAAAAAUCCAGUCCAACUUUCGUGACUAUCUCGCGUUUCUUAUCAAAGUUCUUGUAAACUUAGACGUUACCAGAAUUAUUUUUGGUAACUGUUAUGAUACAUAAUUCUAAUCCGGAGCUGCAGUCUGUCCGCCGCCGUCAGUAUUAAACAAGGUUAUAUAACCGAGCACCAUGCCGAUCAUACAAUCCUGUUGCUGUUGGCGCAGCCUCCGCCGAGGCUGCUACGCGUCAGCUAUUUACACUAUGAUUUGUUUGCGGCAGGUAUACUUUUCGGUCACAAUUGUGACAAUGGGCCACUUCAUUGACAUGGAACAGCGCUACUUAUCCGGUGACAUGAACGAGCCUGAGUCGGAGAGCUUCUUAGAGCCCGAUAAGAUUACGCCAAUCACCGUGUCGCUCAACAUAACGCUACUGGCUUGCAGUACCAUCGGACUCAUCGCGUGUAUUCUGCUGAUAGUGGGGGUGAAUAAGGACAUCAAAUAUUUGCUGCUCCCAUGGGUGGUGGCCAUGGGAAUGGAGACUCUUGUGGAGAUCAUCAACCUGCUCUACUUGUUCUACCUGCAGACCUUGAAUUUCAACCCCAUUACAUCAUUCCUGUUCACGCUGGACUUCUUCAUCAUAGUGCUGAACAUUUAUGCCAUGAUCUGUGUGAUCUCGCAAUUCCAAGAGUACGUCGACGGCCGUGGGACUGCUGCUUUUGAAAACGUUGACCGGAACACGGUGCAGUAUACGGCGACUGCUCAGCAGACUACCACCACCAGCUCUGCUCCGAGUGGACGCCGCCGCUCCGCUGGACGACCCAUGCCAAGUCGCUGCGACCCUGAAGAAUUCUCCGAAGCCCCCACCAAAGUAAUCACUCCUAGACAAAUAUCAGAAGAAACAGAGCCACGACCUCAGACCAGUCAAAGUGCAAUGCCUUCAGUCCUGUCCCGACCAAGCCGCUCCGCCGUGAAGAAGCACGUACAAUUCCCUGACGAACAAAGCUGCAUCGAAGAAGCCAUUGAGGCCCCUCAACCAGGUCCCAACGAGAAACCGGAGGCGCGCGUAAUCUCCUCAUUGUGGAUGGAGCUGGAGUCGGAGGCUCCGGCGCCAGAGCGCUGACGCCGGCGGAGCGAGCAGUACUACCGGCCAGUUUCCCGAGCUCGGAACGAGCGUCGGAAAAUGUCCGCUGCCGGAGUACCGCCCGCCGACGACACUCAGAAGGAUUCCCUCUAAACUAACCGACCACUGGAUGCAAGAUUAACCUGGAUCAACAUGAAGCUAAUUGGCUGUACGCAAGCAGGGUAAUGCGAGGCUAAUUGAAAUUGUUUCAAAAACAAGCUGUAUUAUCAGUAGACGUAUUCUUAAAGACUUUAGUCGAAUGUUGCCAACAAAGUACGCUUUCCUAAGAUGAAAUUAUCUAAACCUUUUAUUUAAAAUGUUACAAGAAAUAUGUUUUUUCCUAAACAUUUAUGAUAAUUGGACACUUUUACGAAAAUGUAACGUCUCGUGUCAUUGCGUACCCGCAUUCUAAAUAAGAUACUUACUUUUAGUUCUACUAAUUGGAUGUUGCCUGAAGAACUCCGUUUCUCAACAUGAUUGAACGCAUUUACCUGUUUCGUAUGAAAAUUAGAUUCAGAGGCAAAUUGUACGAUGGAACUUACUUAAAUGUCAUUAGUCUUUUAAAUGUAAUACUUACAUAAACAUAUUAAACAUAACCCAUUUAUCGGAUCAAUAUAAAAUAUCAUACUUAUUUGGAAUUAAUUGUUUAGGUAUAUUUAGAGUGCUGCUGUUUCAAUUUAUCAUAGUUUAUAAUUUGUUAUAAGUACUUUAUUUCGAUAGUUUUGCUAUGUUCCCACCUUAUGUUACAUUAUAUUGCAUAGUUUAGAUACAUGUGCUGGCCAUUAUGUACUUAUUACCUAAGUGUUAGAUAUUAAACCUUCUCAUGGUCACGUGUAACAAUAUGUACCAGCAAAAUGGUUAAUUAAAAAUACAAAAGAAGUAAUGUUACUGUAUCUGAUCUCUCUUUUGACAACUUAAAUAGACAGACCCUAUAAUGUUAUCUACUCUAGUUCAGUCCACCUUAUAUCAAGCUGUAACUGGAUGUGGACAAUAGACAUACAACCAUUGAUAUCCCAGUUGUGUCACUUCUAGUCAGAAGUAGGUACUAUCUGAGAGUAUGAUAAAAUUAAUCUUACCUAUAUAUAAGGCAUACUUUUCUAACCAGGGCUUACCUAUCAUUCUACUUUGAGAUGAGCUGAUUUACUAUAAAAAAUCAUUUAAAUGUCACAAUGAACGACAUAUUUUUUCACGUGACUAAACGUUAAGUUCUGGCAAAUAUUGCCUCGACUCGUGCAAGGUAUAUUUACCAAGCUGUUUGAGGCAAUUUGUAGCACUUAACGUUUUAUAGGUAAAUAGUUAUUUAAAUUUAUCUGUUGUGUUCAUUGUUGUUGUGUUAUAAUAUUACAUUAUGUUAUGUUACCGCGAGUAAAGUAUUUAUCUAGUAUAUAGGCAUUUAAGCGUAAUAUCUUGUAGUAGGUAUUUAUUAUUAUAUUAGUAAACUAUGAAAUUAACUGAUUAGAUAUAAAUGUAUAAUAUUUAGGAGUGUUCGUAAGACAAUUAUUCGAGACUUGACUCAAAAUUUUAUGAAUUUAUAAAUUUUCGUAAACUUGGCUUCGACUUAGCCUUGACUGCGACCUUUUUUACAAAAUUGGGGACGUCCCAUUAAAAUUUUUAUAGCUUCACACAGUCAUAUUAUUUAACUCUGUCAUUUAUAAUUGAUGAUUGGUCAUCCUAUCGUUUUUCGUUGGUAAUUAGUACUUUGUGAAAUAUUGAUAAUGUUAAUGUAUUAAACGAUGAAUAGAUACUCUUCUACCACUCUUGAAUACCACCGUGUAAUAAUUAUUACUCAAUAUAUAACCAUGUAAUCCCAUAGGAUAAUUAAAACAUACACAUUUAACUUACAUAAUAUUAUGAGCAAUGUAUAAAAAAAACCAAAAAAAAAAUAAGUAGCACAUUAGCAAAAGAAUGUAAAGGCGAACGAGGCUUGUCAGCCAAUCAGAAAAACGUACAGUUAAUGCUGGAUAGUAAGUAGCACAUUACAUAAUAGAAUUUUAAAAUGUUUGUUCAAUAAUUUGCCGAAAUAAAUGUCUCCACAUAA